UUUUACAGAAAUGUAUUUGAUAAUUCCCCUAUGAAGAUAAAAGCCUUACAGAUCGGAUAAAAUGUCAAGUAAAGCCGUGUCAAAGGAUCAGAAUUAGGCUUGGCAACUGCCAUUUUACCGUUGCUGUUAGGCUUUUGGCUCUGCCUCUGGCUUAGGUUUCCUUGUCGCUCAUGUCUCAAACGAUCUUCUCUGCCUGAUCAAAUCGGUUUUUAUGUUGUAUCGUUGUACGAUAAACCGGCCUUUUCUCCUCCUGAAACUCUAAAAAAGGUGAAAAAGUUCUGAUCGGACCGGACCGACUUUUGACUCGUCUCGACCCUGGUCAAAAUGUCCAAAGCGGAGGAGCCGGCCGACACAGUCGAGGACUCCAGUGAGUUCUCAGCCGAAAAUGUCACAUCUAAAGUGGGAAGCAGAGUUGAAGAUUUUGAUACCAAAAUUGAAACUGACAGAGCCAAGAGAUUUGAUUUCCUUCUGAAACAGACAGAAAUCUUCUCUCAUUUCAUGACCAAUCAGGGUAACAAAAACAGCCCGACGAAACCAAAGCCUGGCCGUCCGAGGAAAGAGAAAGAAGUCAUAAAAUCGGGUGAUGCCGGAGAUCACCGGCAUCGGAUGACAGAGCAAGAAGAGGAUGAAGAACUCCUCGCUGAAAAUAACACAACACCAAAAACAAUUGCUCGAUUUGACUCGUCUCCAUUUUACAUCAAAGGAGGGCAGCUUAGAGAUUACCAAGUCAGAGGGCUUAACUGGAUGAUUUCGUUGUAUGAACAUGGUAUCAAUGGUAUUUUAGCUGAUGAAAUGGGUCUCGGCAAAACUCUCCAAACAAUUUCACUCCUCGGGUACAUGAAGCAUUAUAGAAAUAUACCAGGUCCACACAUGGUAAUUGUGCCAAAAUCAACAUUAGCCAAUUGGAUGAAUGAAUUUGAAAAAUGGUGCCCCACUCUCAGAGCUGUUUGUCUUAUUGGUGAUCAAGAAACAAGAAAUGCAUUUAUUCGGGAAAAACUAAUGCCUGGAGAAUGGGACGUUUGUGUCACAUCGUAUGAAAUGAUAAUAAGGGAAAAGAGCGUCUUCAAGAAGUUUAAUUGGCGAUAUAUGGUUAUUGAUGAGGCCCAUAGGAUUAAAAACGAGAAGUCCAAGCUGUCUGAAAUCGUAAGGGAAUUUAAAACGACCAACAGGCUUUUACUCACAGGAACACCUCUACAAAAUAACCUUCAUGAACUCUGGUCUCUACUGAAUUUCCUUUUACCGGAUGUAUUCAACUCAUCGGAUGAUUUUGAUUCUUGGUUCAACACUAAUAGCUUUUUGGGCGAUAAUUCACUUGUAGAAAGGCUUCACGCUGUUUUAAGGCCUUUUCUCUUAAGAAGGUUGAAAGCAGAAGUGGAAAAGAAACUGAAGCCUAAAAAAGAAGUUAAAAUUUAUGUCGGUCUUAGUAAAAUGCAACGAGAGUGGUACACAAAAGUCUUGAUGAAGGAUAUAGAUAUUGUAAAUGGGGCAGGUCGAAUUGAAAAAAUGAGAUUGCAGAAUAUUUUGAUGCAGCUUCGAAAAUGUAGUAAUCACCCUUACCUUUUUGAUGGAGCUGAGCCAGGCCCUCCUUACACAACAGAUGAACAUCUUAUUUAUAACAGUGGAAAGAUGGUUAUUUUAGACAAACUAUUACCUAAACUCCAAGAACAAGGUUCUCGUGUUCUGAUUUUUAGUCAGAUGACGAGGAUGAUUGACAUUCUCGAGGAUUAUUGCUUCUGGAGAGGAUACAACUACUGUCGUCUAGAUGGUAACACACCUCAUGAGGACAGACAAAGACAGAUUAAUGAGUACAAUGAAGAAAAUAGUAAAAAGUUUAUUUUCAUGCUAUCGACCAGGGCUGGAGGUUUGGGUAUUAAUUUGGCUACAGCAGACGUCGUAAUUAUUUACGAUUCCGACUGGAAUCCUCAAAUGGAUUUGCAAGCUAUGGACCGGGCACAUCGUAUUGGACAAAAAAAGCAAGUAAGAGUUUUCAGAUUGAUCACGGAAAAUACAGUCGAGGAGAAAAUUGUGGAACGAGCCGAGAUUAAAUUGCGCUUGGAUAAACUUGUCAUUCAGCAAGGUCGAUUGGUAGACAAUAAAGCAGCUCUGAACAAGGACGAGAUGUUAAAUAUGAUCAGGCACGGUGCACAUCACGUAUUUGCCAGUAAAGAUUCAGAAAUCACCGACGAGGAUAUUGAUACUAUUCUUGAGAGAGGAGAAGCAAAGACGGUUGAAAUGUCGAAAAAAUUGGAGUCCCUCGGUGUCGACUCAUCGCUUAAGGAUUUCAUGAUGGAGGCCCCAACCGAAUCAGUAUACCAGUUCGAAGGCGAGGAUUAUAGAGAAAAGCAGAAAGUGCUCGGAAUUGGCAACUGGAUUGAACCGCCGAAAAGAGAAAGGAAGGCUAAUUACGCUGUAGAUGCUUAUUUCCGAGAAGCUCUUAGAGUUUCAGAGCCUAAAGCCCCAAAAGCUCCAAGGCCGCCUAAGCAGCCUAUUGUCCAAGAUUUUCAGUUUUUUCCACCCCGACUCUUUGAACUUCUUGAUCAGGAAAUUUAUUACUUCAGGAAAUCAGUUGGCUACAAGGUACCAAAAAAUCCAGAACUUGGUUCUGAGGCGUCCAGAAUUCAGAAAGAAGAACAGAGAAAAAUUGAUGAUGCAGAACAAUUGACAGAGGAGGAGCUUACUGAAAAAGAAAAACUUCUCACCCAGGGCUUUACAAACUGGACAAAAAGAGAUUUCAACCAGUUUAUAAAAGCUAAUGAAAAAUAUGGUAGGGAUGACAUUGACAACAUCUCAAAGGAAGUCGAAGGGAAAACUCCCGAGGAAGUAAGGGCAUACUCAGAAGUAUUCUGGGAAAGAUGUAACGAGUUACAAGAUAUCGAUCGUAUCAUGGGUCAGAUUGAUAGAGGGGAGGCAAAAAUCCAGCGCAGGGCCAGCAUUAAAAAAGCACUUGAUACUAAGAUGAGUCGAUAUCGUGCUGCAUUCCAUCAGCUUCGCAUUGCUUAUGGUACAAAUAAAGGUAAAAACUACACUGAAGAAGAGGAUAGAUUCCUUGUUUGUAUGCUUCAUAAACUAGGUUUUGAUAAAGAGAAUGUAUAUGAAGAACUAAGGGCUAUGGUCAGAUGUUCUCCUCAAUUUCGAUUUGAUUGGUUCAUCAAGUCGAGAACAGCGAUGGAGUUGCAGAGAAGAUGCAACACACUGAUCACGUUGAUCGAAAGGGAAAAUCAAGAACUUGAAGAACGAGAAAGAGCUGAGAAAAGGAAAGGGAGGGGUGCCCGAGGAGGGGCGGUGGGCGCUAAGAGAAAGGCGGACGGUGUCAAUUCAAACAUUCCUCCAUUGCCGGUCCAGGCAAAUUCAAACAACGACAAAAACAGCCCUGCCAAGAAGAAAAAGAAGGUGUAAAAAGGAGGCAGAACGUACAACCUUCAUUUUGGUUUGUCCCCCCAAAGCCAUUCACAACCUUGGAUGAAAUUUUAUUAAAUGCAAUACUGUAAAUAUAAAAAACAUAAAAGCUCACAACUAUUUAUAUCAGUUUCCCAUAAAUAGCACUGAUUGAAAUAGUAAAAUAGAUGAACUUUUAAAUACUAAUUGCAAAUUUAUUUCAUUUGUUUUUGAAAAUUCUUAACUUUUAUAUUUGUGAAUUAUUUAUAAAAAUAUAAGACAUUAAAAAAAAAUUGUCUUAAUUUUAAAUUAUUGUUUCUAUACUGUCUCCACUGUGUUUCACGUUAAUUUAA